AUGGGCCCAGAGGAACCCCUCCCCCUCCCCCCAAACUUCGCGGGCAACGCCGACGGUUAUGUCGAAGCGCUGCUGCAAUUCGGCACGACGUCGACGGCGCUGCGCACGCUGUGCGGCGGGGUGCACAUCCUCGACUUCUUCACGCGCGAGCCGGACCUGUACGCGCUCGUGCUGCCGGCCGACUGGCGCGCGUGGUUCGCGCGCGACGACGUCGACGUCAUGGGGGUGCUGGACCUGCUGAUGCGGAUGGAUUUGAGCGUGUUUGAUGAAGAGAGUGCCACGGGGCAUCCGGGGUGGGGAGAGAGGCCGCCCGCGUCGCUGCUGGCGUUCGUCAGGGAGGUGCGUGGGUUGUUGCUUAGGCGCGAGUGGGAGCCCGCGGCUGAGACGAAGAGUGUGAGGGGGAAGGGGGGGAAGGUGGCGGGGUUGCCGCGGCAUAUUGCGCUUGGGAUGAAUGUUAAGAAGCAGCAUGAGGUGCAGCAUUUCGCGGCGUUUGUGGACCGGUUGACGGAGGAUAUUCGGAGGGAGAGGGGCGAUGAGGCGGCUAUCUCGCACAUUGCGGAUUUUGGGUCCGGGCAGAAUUAUUUGGGUAGGGCGUUGGCGAGUGAGCCGUAUGGGAAGAACAUCAUUGGUAUUGAGAGCCGGAAGAAUAACAUCGAGGGCGCGAAGGGGAUUGAUGUGUUGGCGGGGUUGGCACCGAAGAAGGUGGUGUUGAGGAAUAAGAAGGAAUGGAGAAAAGAGAAGGAGAGGGAUGGGGGUCCGCUCAAGAAGGGAAGGGGGAAGAAGCAGGAGGAGUGCGAAGAUUGCGGAGAUGGGCCAGAGGAGACGAACGGAGAGACGCCGGAACAGGUCGAAGAGGAGACGACAGCAGCUGCUCAACCUGAAGAAAAAGAUCAGAAGCAAGAAGACGCCUUCGCAGGGUUCGCGCCAGAGGGAACUGCAGACUUCGUGCAGGAAGUCGAAAAGGAAACGUUCAAUGGCAUACCAAAGGGAUCGAAGAAGGCCAAGCUCCACCUGCUGGAGGAGGGCAACGGCAGCAUCCAAUACGUCGAGCACCGGCUCGAGGACGGCAACCUCGCGCACGUAAUCCAGGAGAUCGUGGACCCGUCCAAGGUCGGAGAGCAGCAGAGCGGCACCUCAGCCAAAGAAGACGUCAACCAGCCCUUCGUCACGACGACGCCGGCCGUGACGGCGAGCACGCGGGCGCAGGACCCGAACCUGAUGGUCAUCUCGCUGCACUCGUGCGGCAACCUGGUGCACCACGGCUUGCGCUCGCUGUCGCUCAACCGGGCCGUCAAGGCCGUGGCCAUGAUCGGCUGCUGCUACAACCUGAUGACGGAGCGUCUGGGCCCGCCCUCGUACAAGCUGCCGCAGCUGCGGCCCAACCACCCGCGCCUCGAGGCCACGGCCAACGCCUUCGACCCGCACGGCUUCCCCAUGUCCGACCGCUACGCCACCUACCCGGUGCCGGGCACCGACGACGUCGGCGUGCGCCUCAACAUCACGGCGCGCAUGAUGGCCGUGCAGGCGCCGCAGAACUGGGGCCCUGUAGACAGCGAGGCCUUUUUCACCCGCCACUUCUUCCGCGCCCUGCUGCAGCGCGUCUUCCUCGACCGCGGCGUCGUCGAGCCGCCGCCGAGCAACACCAGUAGACUCAUGGAGAACGGCCGCACCGUCAGCGGCUCCGUCAGCCCUGCCGGCUGCAGCAGCGGCGGUGAGCCCAUCGUCAUCGGCUCGCUGAAGAAGAGCUGCUACAAGGACUUCGUCGCCUACGUGCGCGGCGCCCUGGCGAAGAUCGAGGGCAACCCCGACCAGCCUGACCGCGCUGAACAGGUGCGCGAGAAGAUGAAGGGCAUUACCGACGAGGAGAUUGCCCGCUAUGAGGUCGCGUACCGCGCGCGGAAGAAGGAGUUGGCCGUCGUGUGGAGCUUGAUGGCCUUCGCAGCCGGCGUGAUUGAGGCCAUGAUCGUGGUGGAUAGGUGGUUGUGGUUGAAGGAGCAGCCAGACAUCGAGAGGGCGUGGGUGGAGCCCGUGUUUGACUAUGCGUUGAGUCCAAGGAACUUGGUUGUUGUUGGUCUGAAGAAGUAG